UUCCGUUAUCAAGCAGAAGAGCUCUUGUCGCAUUGAGAAUCGUCCCUACGUGGGGGUCCUUCAGUUGCAUUUGCUGUGUCUCAUUAGCUUGCUUUGCUGCAAAACUGCAUCUGCUCAAUGGACAUCAGGCAGCAUCUUCUUCUGCCACGGCACAAGUGGAUAGAUCAAUUAGAUCAGCCAGUCGUCCAAUUAACGAUCAGCCGGGGAUCAUUCGACUGCAGCAGCGUCUGGAAAGGACCGAUUUUGGCGCCUAUCUAGGGUUGACCGCAUCAGUUUGGGAGUGUCCAUCUCUGACACUGCCACCGCUAUGGUCACAAAUCUGUAUGGAUUUCUUUCGAACUCUGCAUAGCUCCACGUCCGUGCUAUUGAGCCUGUGCAAGUUGGUGAACGGUGUCGCCGGGUAGGAGCAGACACGGCCCAAAAGUAUUUUACCUUGCAUGCGUUGCACUUUCAACUUCCACGUCCUGCGGUCCCUAUUCAAAGGGACAUGAAGCUCAUCGGGGCUCAGUCUGGUAGAGCUGAUGGUUGUAAAUCAUGACUGCCCCGCAAUAUGUAAUUUAAAGCAUUGAUCAGCUGCUCCUCCUCCACAGUGGAAAAAGCGAAUCGAGCGAUCGCAAAAUCAAAAACUUCAAAACAAUUUCGAUCCGAUCAAAUCGAAGUGCAAGUGAAGUGAAGAUGGAUAGCCUCAAGAAGCAGCAUACGGCCACGGUUCAGGCCAAGAAGCAGCAGUAGAAACUACAGAUGAAGCUGCAACUGGCAAAGGUCGCCAAAGCGGAGAGCCUCAAGGAGCAGCAGACGGCCACGGUGAAGCGAACGAUUGAACAACCUGUACCAUCACCCCGCCAGCAGCAGCCGCUGGAACUACAUCCAACGGCAAGCUCACCAGCAGCAACAAAUUUUGCAGACAAUGGCUAUGAAGUCAUUCUCGAAGACAACGACCGCUGGGUAUACCUGAUACAGUGUCCAGGCCUCCUGCUGCGGCAUCUCCGGCCACGAGCAACAAUCAGUCAGCGCAGGCUCCUGCGCCGGCAAAGUUUGGGAGGGGGAAAUUAACAUAUAUAUAACGUUGCUGCUGGUUCACCGACUCACCGCCCCUUCUGCCCAAUAUUUUACCUUUUUUAACCCCCCAAAAAGUGCCAUUUGUGGAUGAGGAGUUAAAGAAAUGAAUAAACUAUUUAAAGCGGCCGGAA